CUAUAAAACAACCUCAACUUUCUUGCAAACGCUUUAAAAAGACAACCCAAGAGCCUUAAAACCAACCCGCAUAAUUUGAUUGUAUUGCUAAUAUACAGUAAGAGCUUUGUUAUCAAUGGCAAGUGGUGGUGGUGAUAAUGAGCUAGAAGUGAGCAACAAGCAAGUGAUCUUCAAGGACUAUGUGUCUGGUUUCCCUAAAGAAUCAGACAUGUACCUUAAAACCAAUGGUACCAUAAAGUUGAAGGUCCCAGAAGGUUCAAAUGGGCUUUUAGUGAAGAAUCUGUACCUGUCCUGUGAUCCUUAUAUGCGUAAUCGUAUGAAGAAGUCAACCGAUUCCUUGGUGCCCGGUUCGCCCAUUGUUGGAUUUGGAGUGGCAAAAGUUGUAGAUUCCGGGAAUCCAAAAUUCAAGAAAGGUGACUUAGUUUGGGGAAGAACUGGAUGGGAAGAAUAUAGUUUGAUGACAGAUUUUCAGACUUUGUUUAAAAUCGAACACACUGAUGUGCCACUGUCCUACUAUACUGGUAUUCUUGGUAUGCCUGGUUUAACUGCUUAUGGUGGUUUUUAUGAGGUUUGCUCUCCUAAGAAAGGAGAGUAUGUCUUCGUUUCAGCAGCUUCUGGGGCAGUUGGUCAGCUUGUUGGGCAGUUUGCAAAGCUGUUAGGCUGCUAUGUUGUUGGAAGUGCUGGAAGCAAAGAAAAGGUUGAUUUGCUGAAGAACAAACUCAAGUUCGAUGAGGCAUUCAACUAUAAAGAAGAGUCUGACUUGGAUGCAGCUUUGAAAAGGUACUUUCCUGAAGGUAUUGAUAUUUACUUUGAGAAUGUUGGGGGAAAAAUGCUUGAUGCAGUGCUACUCAACAUGAGGACCCAUGGUCGCAUUGCUGUUUGUGGCAUGAUCUCACAGUACAACCUUGAGAAGCCGGAAGGCGUGUACAAUUUAACACACAUGAUUUACAAACGGGUUCAUAUGAAAGCAUUUGUGGUUUUUGAUUACUAUCACCUUUACCCGAAGUUUCUGGAUUUGGUUCUGCCUCACAUUGCUGAAGGGAAUAUUGUAUAUUUGGAAGACAUAGCUGAAGGCCUUGAGAGUGGUCCAGCAGCCCUUGUUGGGCUAUUUUCUGGCCUCAACGUUGGUAAACAGGUAGUUUUAGUUGCUCAAGAAUGAUUGACUUCAUGACCAAAAGCUCUAGGUCUCUUGGAGAUUCCUACUGUAAAUAAACCUUAAGCGUCUACACCUUUGGUGGACGUUUCAGGUCUUGGUGUUCAUGAAGAAUUGAGUUUACCAAGUAGAUGUAAUGUCAUUGACGUCAAGAAUUUCAGAAAUAGCAGAUCUUAUGAUGCUACAAGCUCAAAUUCACUUCAACAUGCUAACUUCAUGCAAUGCAAUAAUUCGGUAAUCGUGACUGUAA